UUGGUGUCACCAGGCUCAGCCCACAGCACAGCACAGGGUCCCCUGGGGUGUCCCUGAUGGUGGCACUGCCUGCUGCCCCUUUUCACGAUAUUUGCAGCAUCUGAGCCCAAAAUGGGUGGUGGCUGCGGGGAGCUGCUCUCCUCCCCAUGUCCAGAUCCCACAGCCACCCUGUUUCUCAUUGCUCUGCUGCAGACAAAUUGUCCUACAGACCCCGCCUGGCUGACCUGGAGGGCCGUGUGACGGGCAGCACCUUCGUGCUGGAGCAGCCCCGCUGCAUCUUCGACAAGUACAACACGGCUGAAAUCUGGCUGGUGGUGGCCACCCGUGCAGGCAUGGGUGACUUCAAUGACAGCGCACAGCCGGGGAUGCCCGAGUGGAGCUUCCAGCGCUUCCCUGCCAACACCUCAGCCUACCUGACGCUGGGUGCCAUGCAGUAUCACUACCGCUGCCUUGAACCCAACAGGGAGCUCACCGUGCUGCGUGUGGGCAGCGAGACCAGCUGUGCUGACAACGCCUCCGUACCCAACUGCAAUGGGCCCCUGCCCAGCCCUGGGCCCUAUUGGGUGAAGUUCCUCGCGCUGAAUGACUCUGAGUCCAUAGCCACCACGCAAUGGUCGGGGCCCAUCACACUGAGGACAGCCCGAGCGAUCCCCAGCAGCCCUGGGACAGGCAGUGGCCGCAGCGGUGCCAUGAUCGCCAUCACCGCCAUCCUGUCGGUGCUGCUGGCCAUCCUGCUGGCCGCCUUCCUGGCCAUGCUGUGCAGCUCCGAGGCGUGCGGUGUGGGCAGCUUCAGGCCGGACUCGGCGUCCAUCCAUCGCUACAACACCCACCACGUGUACGACCAGUCGGCCGCACGGCUCUGAGGGGGGACACCGUGCCACCAUGUCACCGUGUCACCGUGCCAUCAUGUCGCUGCCCUCAGCGAUGGACUGGGACAUAAACAGAUUCAUGUGUGCUGUG